UAUGCUGAGUUUCAUUACAGAGAGCGCGAAGGAAAAACACCUGGGAGUCAUUGUUGCUGGUGGUUUUGGCGUUAGCCCCGGCAUGUGCAUCGCAUAUCGUUUCGAUGGCAGUGACUUCCAGGAGUGGUUUUUCGGGUCCAACAGGUUUCGCACUGCCUUUGAUGCAUGCUUUCGUUGUUUUAAACAUUUUUUGAAGGGACCGUACCGGAUUGUGGACGGGCGGGGAGACAGACGCUGCACGUGAUAAGGUGCAUGUUUUCGUUGUAGCAAGAUCUCUUUUAUUGGGAAAUCGGGAAGACGGCAACGAAUUUUGGGUGGGAGGGGGUGAUGAGCGGCCCCCUCUUAUUGGUCGUGUCAUGGUUAGGGGUUCGGUUGGUGGCCCUUGCAAACACUGGGCGGCAGGCACGUUUCAUGCCCUGCAUUUUUGGGUUAUAUGUUGCGGGGGGCGGGGCCAGGGUGGACGUGUUGUUCGUUUUGCCGCUGGGAUCCAGGACCCCCAGAUCCACGUGCCCCUUGGCGAGCGUAGGUGGUACCCGUAUGUGAGUAUUGAGAUUCCAGUUUUGGUGCCCAAUUUUGGUCAAAUGUUUCGAAUUUGUUGUUGAGAAAAAUUGAGCGAGUGGAACAAAGGGGGCGGGGUGUGGAAUAUACGCUGGGGCGCCUCGACGUUCAGAACGAAAGGGGCAUUGAAAGGGGCAAGUUAUGGAAACGAAAGUUCGUGCGUGCGUAUCGUGAGGAAGAAAAGAGGUAUGAGAAAGACGGGCGGGUGACACACGGAGAGCGACACGAAGAGUGC